AGAUCUUGAAAGUUUCGAUUGAAUAUCUGGCAAUGGGUGUGGAAACAGAGUCAAAGUUCCAUGUUUUAGCUGUUGAUGAUAGUCUUUUUGAUCGGAAAAUGAUAGAGAGAUUGCUCCAAAAGUCUUCAUGUCAAGUAACUACAGUUGAUUCAGGCUCUAAAGCUCUUGAAUUUCUGGGUUUAAGAGUAGAUGACAACGACCCAAAUGCACUCUCUACAUCACCCCAAAUUCAUCAGGAAGUUGAAAUAAAUCUUAUAAUUACAGAUUACUGUAUGCCUGGCAUGACUGGUUAUGAUUUGCUCAAGAAAGUGAAGGAAUCAGCGGCUUUUAGAAGCAUACCUGUAGUUAUAAUGUCAUCUGAGAACGUUCCAGCUAGAAUUUCCAGAUGUUUGGAAGAAGGAGCUGAAGAGUUUUUCUUGAAACCAGUAAAGUUGGCUGAUCUUACCAAGUUGAAACCUCAUAUGAUGAAAACCAAAUUGAAGAAAGAAAGUGAGAAACCAGUUGCCAUAGAAGAGAUUGUAGUUUCUAAACCGGAGAUAGAAAAAGAAGAAGAUUCAUCAGUGAUUGAGAUCUUGCCUCUCCACCAAGAACUUGAAUCCGAACAACUUGAACCAAUGUUGUGUAGUAAUAAGAGGAAAGCAAUGGAAGAAGUGAUAUCUACGGAUCGAUCACGUCCUAAAUACAAUGAUAUCACAACCUCGGUUUGACCUUUUCUUUCUUUUGGUUUUCUGCACAAUUUCAGAGCUUUUAGAGGUUCUUUGUAGGAAUGUUUCUUCUGGUAAAUACAAGUUUGCUAUAGAGAAUUAAGAGGGGGAGAUAUAUGUAGAUGAUGAUGGUAAUGGUUGUCACUUGUUAUUGUUCAUUAUGUGAAAAGUAAAUUCUCAAUUUUGUU